AAAGUUAAAGUAACAGUUUCUGAUUAUCUGUUGAUCUCAACCAACAAUCAAUGUUAAUGGUGAAAAUCAAUUGGAAAGGUUAAUUUUAAUUUCUAGUGAAACAAUUUAGUUUAAAAGUAAAUCGAUACAAACAAGUUGCUUUGAUUGUGAGUUUUCAAUGAGACAAUUUAAAUUGUGUCCACUUUGGUGCUUGUUCAAAUCAAAUAAUUGUGACAAUUGAUAAUCAUCAUCAUCUGUUCAAUGGUGUUGAUUGUUGGUGUUGUAGGUGAUGAGUGGUGAGUUAUUCUGGAGGAACAUUGAAAUUCAAGGUUAUACCGACGCUGAUUGUUGAUUGUAAUUGUUGUUGUGUCGAGCUCAUUGUUUACGAAGAAGAGAAAAAAAAUUCAAUUUUCCAUUGAAAAGAUUUACCUGGAAACUCAGGGAAAGAGACAAAGGUUGAUUCGGUAAAUCAUCAAAAUGCUAUCUUUGGUCAACUUGAGCUUAAUCACUUUCCUCUCAUCAUUAACGUUAAUUAUCAACUUAAAUUGUAUCAAUGGCCAAGAAUCACCACCGAAAAUGUAUCCAAUCAUAUUGGUUCCUGGUUACAUGGGAACCAAAUUAGAAGCCAUUCUGCAAGAGGCAACUGAUGCUCCAGUUUAUUGCUUACGACGAACCGGAACUUGGACAUUGUGGUUUAGCCUCAAAGAAUUGAUGCCGAUGGUACGACAGUGUUGGUACUAUGCCGCUCGACUUCAUUACGAUUCAAUCACUCGCAAGACAACCAAUUCCAAAGGUGUCACCGUGAUUGUCCCACAAUUUGGUGGUUUAGAAUCAGUUGAAUAUUUAUCUCCCUGGUUUGAAGGAAUCAUUCAACAGACAAUUUAUUACGCUAACAUGGUGAGUCGUUUUCGAGAUGUUGGCCUAACACCAGAAGUACAAAUUCGUGGUGCACCUUAUGAUUGGCGACGAUCAAUGAAUGAAAUGGACGAAUGGUUUUCGAAGUUUAAAACACUAAUCGAGGAGACAUAUACUCGAAAUGGAAAUAAAAGUGUCAUCUUGGUUGGACAUUCGAUGGGCGGAAGUGUUGUCUACAUUUUCCUCCGUAAACAAAGUCAAGAAUGGAAGGACAAAUACAUUCGCCUAAUGUGGACUCUCGCCACACCUUUUGGGGGUAAUUUCAAGUACAUGUACGAUUACUUAUUCGAAGACGAUUAUCCAGGUUACCUUUCAUCGAUAAUUCGUCGAGCAGAACGAACCUUUCCCUCUUUAGCUUUUCUCAUUCCAAAGCCCGAAGCCUGGGGCUGUGAACCUUUCAUCACUUCGCCCAAUUCAACGUACACUCCGUGUAACUAUGAGGACUUUUUCCGUGACAUUGGUCAGCCCAAAGCCUACGAAAUGUGGAAAGAUGUCGCUCACCUUCAGGGAUCCUUUGAACAUCCCGGUGUACCAAUUAAGUGCUGGGGUGGCGGUGGUCAGCCAACAUUACGAUCAAUGAGCACUACAAGUAACAAUGUUUACGAUACACUUAGACGGACAGUGGUCAAAGAAUCGGACGGUGAUACUUUCGUCAAUUAUCAAGCACUUCGAGUUUGUCUCAAGUGGAAUGCUAAUACUAAUUAUCCGUUCCAAUUUCGUACUUUCAACAAAACUCAUAUGCAAAUGAUCAGAGACUCUGAAGUUCUUGAUGAGAUUGUUAAAAGUUACCUUGAAUUACCUUAGAAAAUUUAAUUUCUACAUUUGUGUCUGGUGAACAAUUUAAUUGAUUAAGUGAUCAUCAAUCUCUCAUCUUAAUUUAUUUUCUAGUCAUUCGUUUAUAAUAACGGAAAGAAAUUAAUUCGUCACAAUGUAAUUUAUUAAUUGUAACAAGAGUUACAAUUUAUAUUAAUUGUAACUCUUUUCCCUUUUUGCUUUUGUUUUUCUUCCUGAUUGGCAAAUUAAUUCAUUUAAUUGUUUUGGGUUUUCAAAACUAGUCAAGAGAUUUAAAUCAUUUAAUAAUUUAAAUUAUCUAACUGAUUGUUAUAUAUACUUUUGUCUAUUCAUUUGAUUAUCAACAUGAUUGUAAAUGAAUAAAAAUCUUAUUGCAUUCCAA